AUGAUUGUAGAAAGAUUUCAAUUUAUUAUUCUUUUUAAAACCCUUAUUCUCUCUUUAUUUUAAAAACAAAAUCUUUAGUAAUUAUCAGUUUUCUUAUGCAAAACCCAUCAAUUUUUUUUCCCAAAAUCAUUGUUAGCACUCUGCAACUCAAUCCCAUCAACGCUCAUCGGAGUUUUUUGUUUGCGCGCUUCUCUUUUUCAAUCGCUAGCUACAGUCAUACAAGAAUGAGUGAAGUAAACUCUAUUGAUUUGGAACAAGGAUGGGACUUCAUGCAAAAGGGAAUUACAAAAUUGAAGAACAUUCUUGAGGGACUGCCAGAGCCACAGUUCAGCUCGGAAGAUUACAUGAUGCUCUACACGACCAUCUAUAAUAUGUGUACUCAAAGGUUUCCUAAUGACUACUCUCACCAGUUGUACGAUAAGUACCGUGAAUCAUUUGAAGAGUAUACAAUUUCUUCGGUAUUACCAUCUUUGAGGGAGAAGCAUGACGAGUUCUUGUUGAGAGAGCUUGUGAAAAGAUGGGCAAACCACAAAGUGAUGGUUAGGUGGCUUUCUCGCUUCUUCUAUUAUCUUGAUCGCUACUUUAUUGCUCGAAGGUCACUUCCAUCUCUUCAUACUGUUGGGUUGACUAGUUUUCGUGAUCUGGUUUACAGGGAGUUGAAUGCAAAAGUUAGAGAUGCUGUUAUAUCACUGAUCAAUAAAGAGCGUGAAGGAGAGCAAAUUGACCGCGCUCUGUUAAAGAAUGCCUUAGAUAUAUUUGUGGAGAUUGGGAUGGGGGAAAUGGAUUGCUAUGAAAAUGACUUUGAAGUAGCCAUGCUCAAAGACACUGCUGCUUAUUACUCUCGGAAGGCUUCAAACUGGAUUCUUGAAGACUCUUGUCCUGAUUAUAUGUUGAAAGCUGAGGAUUGUCUAAGGCGUGAGAAAGACAGAGUUUCGCAUUAUUUGCACUCUAGCAGUGAAUCUAAACUUCUUGAGAAAGCUCAGCAUGAACUGUUAUCUGCGUAUUGUACCCAACUGCUUGAAAAGGAGCAUUCUGGAUGUCAUGCAUUGCUUAGAGAUGACAAGGUGGAUGACUUAUCAAGAAUGUUCAGACUGUUCUCUAAAAUUCCUAGGGGCCUAGAGCCAGUUUCAAAUACAUUUAAGCAGCAUGUUACUGCUCAGGGGACUGCCUUGGUCAAACAAGCAGAUGAUGCAGCAAGCAACAAAAAGGCCGAGAAAAAGGAUGUGGUUGACUUGCAGGAACAGGUGUUCACAAGAAAAGUGAUGGUGCUACAUGAUAAAUAUAUGGCGUACGUGGACAACUGUUUCCAAAAUCAUACACUUUUCCACAAGGCUCUCAAGGAGGCUUUUGAGGUCUUUUGCAACAAGAGUGUUGCUGGAAGUUCAAGUGCAGAGUUACUCUCAACAUUUUGUGAUAACAUUCUUAAGAAAGGUGGAAGUGAGAAACUGAGUGAUGAAGCAAUUGAGGAGACUCUUGAAAAGGUAGUGAAGCUGCUUGCUUACAUCAGUGAUAAAGAUCUUUUUGCUGAAUUUUAUCGGAAAAAGCUUGCAAGGCGACUUCUUUUUGAUAAGAGUGCCAACGACGAUCACGAGAGAAGUAUUCUGACUAAACUGAAACAGCAAUGUGGUGGUCAGUUCACCUCAAAGAUGGAGGGCAUGGUAAAAGAUUUAGCUAUGGCAAGGGAGAACCAAUCUAACUUUGAGGAGUAUCUUAGCAAUAAUCCACAUGCACAUCCCGGCAUUGACUUGACAGUUACUGUUCUAACUACUGGGUAUUGGCCUAGUUAUAAGUCCUUUGAUCUCAACCUCCCAGCCGAGAUGGUUAACUGCGUUGAGUCUUUCAAAGGGUUUUAUCACAUUAAAGAAAAUCACAAGAAGCUAACAUGGAUUUAUUCUCUGGGUACCUGUAACAUCAACGGAAAGUUCGAAUCAAAAAGUAUUGAACUAAUUGUGACUACUUAUCAGGCUUCUGUCCUGUUGCUGUUUAAUACCUUUGACCAACUUAGUUACUCCGAAAUUAAGACACAACUAAAUUUGGGCGAUGAAGAUAUAGUGAGACUACUCCAUUCCUUGUCGUGCGCCAAAUAUAAGAUUCUUAACAAGGAGCCAAAUACUAAAACUAUCUCGCCAACAGAUCACUUCACAUUCAACUCGAAGUUCACAGACAAAAUGAGGAGGAUCAAGAUCCCUCUUCCACCUGUUGAUGAUAAGAAGAAGGUAACUAAAGAUGUUGACAAAGACAGACGUUAUGCUAUCGAUGCAUCAAUUGUCCGAAUUAUGAAGAGUCGGAAAGUUUUGAGUCACCAGCAGUUGGUGCUAGAGUGUGUCGAGCAACUCAGUCGCAUGUUCAAGCCUGACUUUAAGAUAAUAAAAAAACGUAUCGAAGAUCUAAUCGCCCGAGACUACCUGGAAAGAGACACCGACAACCCAACCUUGUUUAGGUAUCUAGCAUGAUCUGACCUUCAUCAAAAUAGAAAAAGUUAACGAUUUUUACAACUAGAAAAUAGCUUGAAAGGAAUCCUACAAUGGCAAUGGAGAUAGAGAUGGUGGUACAGGUUCGCUUGCUAAUUCUACAUUAAGUUGAGAUAUAUGAUUAGAAAAUGAUGGAAAAUCUGAAUACCCAAUGUUGAGACUGGCUGUUAAUUGGCAGGUAGAGUGAGAAUAAUUUCCAUAUGCCUAAUGAUUAAUGAAUAAUUUGUUCAUCA